GCUACUGCCAACCUAAACGAAACGAGGGACCGAGAGCCAAGGGGCGAGCUGGGGAACAGGCGCCGUGACUUCCACGCUCGCGUAUUGCAGACUGUACUUACAGACCUAGGCGGGGGACAGAGAGAUGUUGUCACUGAGUUAAUCCAUUUCUGAAUAAGAAGUAGUGAAACCUGCAUUGUGUGUUUCGUCUGUAUAUGAGGAGCGAGAGGAAACCCCCAUAAUAUUUACUGGCAAAUUUGUGAUACGUGGACGGUGGGAGAGAUGCAAUUCCAAUUGAUCUCGGUGAGUCGCGCAAUUGGACUCAGACGCUGGUGAUGCCUGUCGAUUGGGGAUCACCGUGCAGCUCAGGAAAACAGGGCGUCGGAGGAUUAUGGUUAUGUCCGGAUCAUGGCAAACGGAACCGGUACUAUUAUGUUGAAAUGCGUUGUAGUUGGUGACGGUGCUGUGGGUAAAACAUGUCUGUUAAUGAGCUAUGCCAAUGACGCCUUUCCCGAGGAGUAUGUGCCCACUGUGUUUGACCACUAUGCAGUGAGUGUCAAUGUUGGCGGGAAGCAGUAUUUAUUGGGAUUGUACGACACAGCUGGUCAGGAGGACUAUGACCGCCUACGGCCCCUGUCCUACCCUAUGACCGAUGUCUUCCUCAUCUGCUUCUCUGUGGUUAACCCAGCCAGCUUCCAGAACGUUAGGGAGGAGUGGGUGCCGGAAUUGCAGGAAUAUGCACCUACUGUCCCCUACCUGCUCAUAGGAACCCAGAUUGACCUGCGUGAUGACCCAAAGACCAUAUCCAAGCUGAAUGACAUGAAAGAGAAGCCAAUCACCACUGAGCAGGGCCAGAGGCUGGCCAAAGAGAUUGGAGCAUGUUGUUACGUGGAGUGCUCUGCCCUGACGCAGAAGGGACUGAAGACUGUGUUUGAUGAGGCCAUCAUCGCCAUCCUUACCCCCAAGAGGAAGAAAGGAGCCCUAAAGAGAAGAUUGGGGCCGCGGUGUAUUAAUUGCUGUCUUAUCACGUGAUGCAAGGCAAAAGGCAAAGCCAACAACCAAUCUGGAUACACAUCUGAACUGAGGACAGAGACGUCAUAAACAGGGGAGAGAGUGACCGAAAGACGAUGAAAUUGAUGUAAGAGGAGACCAUCUUAGAUUUGGGCAUCGCAAAAGCUUCAUGUGUUUCCUGCUGUCUGUGGGGUGAUAUUGCAGUUUUACAACCAAAGGAGCACAGACCCAAGUCAAUAUCCUCAGCAAGACUGUAUAGGCCUCCCAAAGUACCUUAUUUUUUAACCGUUUUUUAAUCCUUUUACUUGUACAAACUUACAUUAUAAACUGUAAGGAAAAAAGUAUGCAUUUUUAAGUUUUGAGUAAUUGUUUUCUAAUAUCAUUCAUAGUUAUAAAUAGAGGAAGAUGGAAUGAGUUGUACUGCACUCUGUACCUUUCAUCCAGGAGCUUUACAUGAGUUUAAAGGUCCACCUCAUCUAAACAAACAUUUUCUUUAAGAAACAGAAUGGAAUCCCUUUAGUAUAAAGAGUGAAUAUUCGUGUUUGAAGAGUGACUCCUCCACCUAUCCUUUGUUAAGAAAACACUAUAAGCUCUAUUUGGUUUGACUUGCAGUGCAAAUAUAACAUGAACCUGGGUUUAUGCCCAAAGAACUGAAUAUGACUGUAUAGAAUGGAUGUUAACAGGGAAUGAGACAACCCAAUAUGUCCAUUUUAAUUAAGCACAUACUAUGUCUUAUCCCUACUCCCCAUCCAAGCACAGUCUCUAGACAACCUCCUUACUCACUCUGGCUUCUAAUGCCAAUGACUGGAGCACCGAGUAUUAGUUUGAGCACAACUCCCCUACCCAACCACAAUAUCCCCACAACUUGCACACUUAAACCCAGUUUGACCCUCUACCCCCUUCUGAUACACUCUCUCUUUCAAACCUCCUACUCUCCCAUACCCUAUCCAAGUUAGAAGGAAAAUACCUUGAAUAUUUGUCAGCUAAACUGAAAGAUCACCAGGAUUGACAUUUGAACGUUUAUUCAUUUAUAUUGAUGUAUAAAGGUGCCAACUCCAUUCUAAAUGACUGACCUUAUAGUUUGUUGUUUCAUUUUAACAUGUUUAUGAAAAGCUUUAAUGGUAACGGUGCUCCUUUUCUGCCCAAACUUGCAUUUUAUUAUUUUAGUUAAGCACUCCCAGCACACUAGGGAGUUAACCUUCUCUCUCCGAACAGGGAAUGUUGAGCCUGAACACAUGCUGUUGAGGUUAAUGCCUCAGGUCAUCCUGAGUACAUGCAGACACCAGUGUAGCCUCUUCCCAUUCAACUUCUCUAUUCUGAAUAAAUGUGAUUACUGUCAA